UGUGUUUGUUGCUGCUUCGCUUUUAUCUGGCCCGACUUUUAGUUUGUAGGUGGAUUGAAAGGCUGGAACUUUUGACAAAGAUGCAUACGACUUGAGCAAUACGGGGUUGUGCUCCGCUGUCCUGGGAUUCAGAUACCUGCCCAUGCUACAGAUUAGAGGAACUAAAAAGACGAAAAGAACACAUUGACCCAAGUAUUUGCCUUGGAAGAAAGAAGUAACAAAAAAACAUUCUCUUCGGCAGUUUGUGUUGUAAGGUCCUUUUUAAAAAACAAAGAAAAUGUCUGAAUACAGCCAAAAUUCUGAUCAAGAAGAAAUCUGUUCCGAGGAGCUAGAUGAAGAUGAAAUCUUAGCAAAUUUGUCCCCUGAAGAACUGAGGGAACUACAGUGUGAAAUGGAAGUCAUGGCUCCAGAUCCUCAAGUGCCAGUUGGAAUGAUACAAAGAGAUCAGACUGAAAAACCCCCGACAGGAAAUUUUGAUCAUAGAUCUCUUGUUGACUACCUGUACUGGGAGAAGGCAUCAAAGCGUAUGCAUGAGGAUGAAAAGGUCCCAGUCACUCUCUUACCAUCGGAGAGACUCGCUACAGAGAGGCCUGAAGAAAAUGUUACAGAUUUUGACAACAUGAAUGAAAUGGCCAAUGGCACUAUGGAUAUAGAAAAUAAUGAAGGCUAUGGAAAGGAACAGCCUGGUGAACUGGAAAAAGGGAAAACAAAUGGAGAUGUAACAGACUAUAAGGAGAAUGAAGAGGAGGAGGAGGAGGAAGAAGAAGAAAAUGAAGAAGAGGAAGAAGAGGAGGAAGAAGAGGAAGAAGAGGAAGGAGGAGGAAAGGAGGAGGAAGAGAAUGAAGAGAAUGGAAAUGAUAAGGAAGAUCUGGAAACAAAGAAAUCAAGUGAUGAAGAGGAUAGCAGAAGCACAGAACUGAAGGAAACUCUUGAAAAAGAAGAAAACAAUGAAAAGAAAGCAUCAAAGUUAAAUAUUCCCAAAAAAUUAGCUUUAGAUACUAGUUUUAUAAAGUUAAGUGCAAGACCUUCAGGAAAUCAAACUAAUUUGGAGGAGAGCCUGAGAAGAGUCCAGAAGAAUGAUCCAAGCAUGACGGAACUCAACUUGAACAACAUUGAGAACAUCCCCAAGGAAAUGCUGGUAGACUUUGUCAAUGCCAUGAAAAAGAACAAGCACAUCAAAACAUUCAGUUUGGCCAAUGUGGGGGCUGAUGACAAUGUUGGUUUUGCCUUGGCCAACAUGCUGCGUGAAAACAGGAACAUCACUACUUUGAACAUUGACUCCAAUUUCAUUUCGGGCAAAGGGAUUGUGGCUAUUAUGAGGUGCCUGCAAUACAAUGAGAAACUGACCGAGCUGCGGUUUCAUAAUCAAAGAAGUAUGUUGGGCCACCAAGCAGAAAUGGAAAUUGCAAGGCUUUUGAAAGCGAACCCGACAUUACUGAAGAUCGGCUAUCAUUUUGAACUUCCAGGUCCCAGGAUGGUGGUUACCAAUCUACUCAGCAGAAAUCUUGAUAAACAAAGACAAAAAAGAAUAGAGGAACAAAAGCAGCAGCAGCUGAAAGAGCAGAGGGAGUUAAUAGCCAUGUUGGAAAAUGGACUUGGGUUGCCUCCUGGGAUGUGGGAGAUGCUAGGGGGGCCAAUGCCUGCUUCAGUGAUGCCUCCACCCAUGCAGCCUCCGAAGUCACCCGUUCCAUCUGUUACUAGAAAAAAAGAACCUGCAAGGAAGCCAGCCCCUGAACAAGAAAGCAGGGAUGAUCCGCCCUCCUUCAAAAUUGUGAAACUCAAGAGAAUCCAGCGCAAACCCACUAUAGAACAAUAUGUGGAGCCAGCUGAAAAAACCAAUCUCAAAGACGUGAUCAAGACACUAAAACCUAUUCCAAGAAGGCGGCCACCUCCUUUGGUAGAAGUAACCCCUCGAGAUAAGCUGCUGAAUGAUAUCCGUCAGAGCAAUGUAGCUUAUCUUAAACCGGUACCAGUUCCCAAAGAGUUGGAGUAAGAUACCCCAUUCAGCUGAAGGAAGCAACUUGAGAAUAUACAGACUAUGCAAGGGUUGUUUCAGUUCAUUUCAGGGGCCGUUUCCUUCAGGUGGAAGACACAAAGGUGUGGGAACAACGCAUGAAGCAUGCUGCCUGUUGAAGUGAUGGUUGAAAGGGAUAGCAUGCAAGGAUACGUGGUGAACGAUUUUCAUCCACUCUGAAAUCAUGGGCCACCUCCCAGCCUCCAUCAGCUCACUGAAUUUUCAUUUCUUCCAUGGGUGGGGAGGGGAGAGUGGUACUUUAUACUUAUUAAUACUCAUGCUAUCCCUUUUAUAGUUUCCUUCAGUAAACUAUGUUGGAACUGUCA